CUUGUGGCUGUUGUGAUGCGUAUUCCCGUAGAUCCCAGCACCAGCCGGAGGUUCAGCCCCCCCUCCAGCAGCCUGCAGCCCGGCAAGAUGAGCGAGGUCAGCCCGGUGGUGGUAGCCCAGCAGCAGCAGCAGCAGCAGCAGCAACAGGACGCGGCGGCCGCCGUGCCCCGGCUGCGCCCCCACGAUAACCGCACCAUGGUGGAGAUCAUCGCUGACCACCCCGCCGAGCUGGUCCGUACCGACAGCCCCAACUUCCUCUGCUCCGUGCUGCCCUCGCACUGGCGCUGCAACAAGACCCUCCCGGUGGCGUUCAAGGUGGUGGCCUUAGGAGAAGUGCCUGAUGGGACGGUGGUGACUGUCAUGGCUGGAAACGAUGAGAACUACUCUGCAGAGCUGCGAAACGCUUCUGCCGUGAUGAAGAACCAGGUGGCCAGAUUUAAUGACUUACGAUUUGUGGGCAGAAGUGGAAGAGGGAAGAGCUUUACUUUGACAAUAACUGUCCUGACAAAUCCUCCCCAAGUCGCUACAUACCACAGAGCUAUAAAGGUUACAGUGGAUGGGCCAAGAGAGCCAAGAAGGCACAGACAGAAGCUUGAUGACUCUAAACCUAGUUUGUUCUCUGAGCGCCUCAGUGAUUUAGGGCGCAUUCCUCAUCCCAGUAUGAGAGUAGGGGUCCCGACCCAGAGCCCACGGCCCUCUCUGAACUCUGCACCAAGUCCUUUUAAUCCACAAGGACAGAGUCAGAUUACAGACCCCAGGCAGGCGCAGUCAUCCCCGCCAUGGUCCUAUGACCAGUCUUACCCAUCCUACUUGAGCCAGAUGACUUCACCGUCCAUUCACUCCACAACUCCCCUGUCCUCCACUCGAGGCACGGGACUUCCAGCCAUUACCGAUGUGCCCAGACGCCUCUCAGAUUCAGAUCCUUGCACUCCUGAUGCUCCACCUGCUGCCACUUCACCACCAACUUCUGAAGAGCCUGGACCUUUCACAGCUCCAGCAUCACCCUCCUGUUCCUCUGACACCGGCACUGCAUCAUUUUCACCACCGUUACCCGCGUGUGUUGCAGCCCUACAUCCAAAACCACCUCCUAUUUCACCAUCCACUUCUGCUGCCACUGUUCACUCUGGACUUCCUUCUCUCCCUGCCCCGCCUGCCUCUACUCCAUCCCUGCACCCUGGGAUUUAUCUGCCCGUUGUCCCACCCAGUGGUGCCACCCACCUCAUCAACUGGCUGCCCUUCCUCGCCUCAGCCACGCUUGCCACCAUCCAAGGCAAGGAGGAAGACCAGCCACCCAUAAGCACAGGCUCCCUGGAAGGCAUGAAGCCCUGCAGCAGCCCAGCCCCACACCCUUCCCAAGAGGAGAAUCCCCAGGCAGCAGCUCUGGGAAGCAGCGCUCCGGGGGCUGCGUCCCCACCACCAGCGGUGCCUGCGGGCUCCGAGGCGUCUGCGAACGUCAGCGACAUCCUGGCGGAGCUGCGGACCAUGAACAGCCACCUGUCCACCAUUGCCCGAGCCCUCACCCAGCUGGCAUCAUCCCUGGCACCCCAGCAGGAUGCUGGUGGCACCCCACCUCCUUAGUGCCAGGUUUCACAGGGAGUGGUGCUGCCCAGAGGAAAGGGACCCUCCCCAAACCUGCCCACACCACUGGAGCAAGCUCGCUGCAGUCGCAGAC